AUGCGUCUGCUCAACUCCGGGAUACUUGCGCUUGUCUGCUUACUCCAGCUUCAACUAGGAUUUUCUCAGGAUACCAAUCCGACACCAAGCUGUACAUUCUCUUGUCCACCGGAGAAUCUUGCUUCAUGGAAACUUGUAAAACGACCCUUUGCGCUCGGAUUUGACACAUUUUACACUAUAUUUGAUUGUGUGUACGCGACACUUCAUCCUACACCUGACGACAUCGUUUCCGAACGCAAAUGUUCUUACAACAAACAUACCGGCUCUCAAGCUCUAGAAGCAGCGGGCGACAACUGUCCUCCACAAGCCAUCCCAUGUCCUGACCCUCCUUCACCUGACUCGGACGCACAGAGCACCCAGGCUCAUCAGGAACCCCUUUUCUCUAAUAUCAAAGGCGAAGAAGUACUGCCAUGGGUUGAAGGAGGAAGAUACCUUUUGUACUUAUCUGAACAUCCACCCUCCGAGUCUUAG